AUGAAUUCACUUUCACAGUCAUUUCUUUCUCUGUCUCUCUCUCUUUCUCUCUCUCUCUCUCUCUCUUUAAGAAAAAAAAAUUUAUCACUUCUUCCAUUCCAUAAUCUCUCUCUGUCUCUCCUAUCUAUCUAUCUAUCUAUCUAUCUAUCUAUCUAUCUAUCUAUCUAUCUAUUUUCUUUUUUUCUCUCUGUCUUUUCCUUUUAUACGUCUUCUAUCCUAAAAUCUCUCUCUCUCUUUCUUCCUUUAAUACUUCUUCCAUUCCAUAAUCUCUCUCUGUCUCUCCUAUCUAUCUAUCUAUCUAUCUAUCUAUCUAUCUGUUUUUCUAUUUUUCUUUUUCUCUCUUUUCCUUUUAUACGUCUCCUUUCUCCUGACCUCCAAUCUCUUUCACUCUCUUCAUGCCAUUUUCUUGAGCACUUUCUCUAUUUUCAUCGUUACACAUAUUUCCACCUGUCUAUAUUUCUCAAGCAGUCUUUAUGUACAGAUAUAUACUCCCUAACUCGCCAACUCUAUCCAGCCAUCUAUUUCGGUAAAGCUGUAUCUAUCUAUCUAUCUAUCAUGUCUGUUCAUUCUUUUCUAUCUAUUAUCCAAUCUAUAUAUCUAUCUAUCUCAUUCUGUUCAUAUUCAUUUAUCUCUCUCUCUCUCUCUCUCUCUCUCUCAACCCCCUUAGAUAUUUAUCUCUUUAUCUAUUAUAGUUCAAUCUAUCUAUCUAUCUAUUCAUUCAUGGCUCUAUCUAUCUAUCUCUCUCAACCCCCCGUUUAUCUAUCUAUCUAUCUAGUCUGUUCAAUGAUCAUCUAUUAUCUAUCUAAUUAUCUUCUAUCUAUCUAUUUCAAAUUCUGUUCAUAUCUAUCUAUCUAUCUCUCUAUCUAUCUAUCUAUCUCAUCUAUUUUCAGUCUUUUGCAUAUUCAUCUCUCUAUCAAUGUCUCUUCUUCUUAA